AUAAGUAGUCAAAAACGUUUCAAUUCACUAACUGUAAAUAAAUCAAAUACAAUAACAGAUACUCCUUAAUUUAGUUUAGAUGUUAAGUAAUAGACUGUUUUCUAUUAAUAAUUUUUCAAUUCUGUAAUGGAAAUUAAGUGAUUGGAAUUCUCUAAACAACUUGCAUAAUUCUGUGCCACAAAAGUAUUUAUAUAUAUAUUGAAUUGCUAACAAGCUUAAAUUAGAAUGACAAUCUACAACUUGUACAUUUUCAACUCUGCUGGUUCCUGCAUCUAUUAUCAUGAAUGGCUGAGAAGAAGAGAAGCUGGCAUGUCUAGAGACGAAGAAAUGAAACUGAUGUAUGGAUUAAUAUUUUCUCUUAAGUCAUUUGUCCAAAAGUUGUCGCCAGUGGAUUGCAAAGAUGGAUUCCUGAACUAUCGUACCAGCAGGUACAAAUUAAAUUUCUACGAGACUGGAACUGGACUCAAACUGAUUAUGAACACUGAUGUGAACUCCACAAAUGUUCGAGAAUAUCUACAGAAAAUAUACAAGGAAGUGUAUGUUGAAUAUGUGGUGAAAAAUCCUGAAUGUAAAUUAAAUAAAGAAAUUGUUAGUGAGGUGUUCAAGUCAAAAUUAGACAAAUUAGUAAGAAGUCUUCCCAUCUUUAAUAAUCGAGUCAUCUGAAUCAUCAAAUCUUUGUCAUUCUGUAAAAAUAAUCUUAUAUAACACAUUUAAUUAUGUUAUUUCCAUAUUGUUGUGAAUUUCUUCUAAUAAAUUUAUUUGUAUCAUUCAUCUUGAAAUGUCUUGUAAAUCUCUCUACUGAUGAUUUCUUUGUAGGACAAAUAGUGUGUAUAUUAAUGUGUAUUAUAUUUUCAUAUUUCUAAUGCCAUAAAUUUAAAGAAUAAAACUCUUAAGUUAU